GAACGCCCAUUCUAUCCCCGUUGGCACAGAACCAAGCUGGCGUUGCUCUGGCUCUCACUGAUCGUUUCCGCCGUAAUCUUCGGCAUGGGAAUCACUAUUGGCAUGUUCAACGCCCCUUAUUACAUGGAUGGCGACGGCCCAGGACCCGCCGAGAUCGAGCUCAGCACUUCUGGCAGCGCAGCCGGCCUUGCCGUCGUGGUAACGACUUGUGAGUUCCUCAAGACGUUGCUGUCGCGUCGGCGCGAAGGGCUGCACCCCGGCGCUCUUGUCGCCUUCCACCUGAUCAUCUGGUUACUGGCUCUCGUCGCCACCGUCUCUGCCGCGAUCUACGAUACAGACAGUUACUUCUGGUACGACUACCCCCGGGCCGACCGCAGCGCGCUGCAGAGCCAGAGCCAGAUUUACCAGCAAGUCCUCCUUGGCUUCGACUGCACCCUUCUCGCCAUCCAUCUCAUCCUGUUUGUGGGAGCCUGUGUCGAAACGAACCGCCUCGAGAAAGCCAGGAAGAAGGUGGUCAUAGUCAGGGUGCCAGUCCCGGUCGCUGGUGCGUACCCGGGGGGCCCCCAUCCCGCCUUUGAUCCGCGUCGGUCCUUCGUGCCCCCCCCGGGUUGGCAGCCCGGGCAGUAUCCGGUCCCUCUUACGACCAAAAUACCGCAGCACGCCGAUGGCGGGACGGGACCG